AUGAAUGAAGACAAUAAGUACAAAAAUAAAUAUAUUUUGCCUGUACACACACUUCAUUUUUCCCCUCAAUCGAAUUCCAAUACAAAUAUUAUGGAUCCUCUCUCUGUAGGAUCUUUCAUCCAAAACCACGAUGAUUGGAACGUUUUUGCAGCUUGUGAUCAUUUCCAUCUGAAUGGAGCUGGAUUACUCAUGAUCGGAGAGAACAUGGUUGCGACAUGUCAAUGGAAAGAAGGGAGGCUCAAUGGUGAGUUUGUGCUAACACGAGAUGAUAUGUUAAUUGGGAUGUAUGAAUUGAGAGACAGUAUCGUCGUCAGUUCAAAAUGUUUGGAUAAUUGCGCUUUUGAUAUCGUGGAUCUGAGUGAUGAGGGAAAUCGUUGGGAAGGAAUCGCUUUGGAUAGAAAGCCGUAUGGAUACGGAGAGUACUAUAACUCAGAAGGUACCCUAACGUAUAAAGGCUUCAUGAUCGAUGACCAGUGUAUGUGCUGUGGAAUUCUGUACUUUGAGGAUAUUGGUACUGUUUCCUACGUAGGAACAUUUUACAAGGGACAACGAUGGGGGAAAGGGAUCCAAUAUGACCGUCAAGGUCACAUUGUGUAUAAUGGUAUAUGGAUAGCUGAUAAGCAAGCGCCUCCUAUAUUGUAUGUAACGCGAUCUAACCAAUUGAGUAGUGUUCAUACCCAACUGGAGCGAAUUACGAUCGAUAUUAUUCAUGGCGAUGUUAAACCAACCUUCAUAAUCAGUAGCCAUUUUGGUCAUUUGGAGUAUCUCACAUUCGGAUCCAGCAGUCUUUUGUCCGUUACUGACUUGCAAAUAGACAAUUUGGCGAGUCUGAAAUCGCUCAAGUUUGGUGAGAACAGUUUUAAUUCGUGGAGUCUUUCCUAUUCAAAUGGGACAUCGAAUAGAAGUGAUGAAUCUGCGAAUCGAAGACUGUGGAUUCACCAUUGUCCGAAACUGCAGUCCAUAACGUUUGGAAGAACAUCGUUUUACCCAGCGAACACCUUUCAAAUUGAACGUGAGAAUCGCUGCAAUUUGUGA